AAAAAGUGUGCGAGAAGUGUGCUUAUUCGCGAAUAUAAAUUAAACAGCCAGUUUAAUGUUCACAGUCUUCUGACUUCGAGCUACCCCGUUAGAAUGUCCCUGCAAACGGGCUUGGUUUUCGUUUUCACCAUAUUAGCCUCUGUUAGUAUCGUCGCAGCAAUUAUUCUGUUGGGCUGGUUCCUCAUCUGGAAGGCGUUCCUAUCGAAAUUUCGUCUGGUUCGGGAAUUGUUGGGUCAGGAAGAGCCGGAAGAGCAGCAGCCACUCGCUUGGGAUCACCAGAAUAUACAGCCAGGUAGAGCCAGGAAAGCUCGCCGAGACUAG